ACCGGUCCAAAAACGCGGGAAAAUUGUGUCACGUGAACAGAUCAGCCGGAGAAGACGACAGCAUGGCGGAAUCUUCAAGUAGUAUUGGUGUACCCAGUAGUCCUCGCAGAGCAGAUGGCUUGACCUCAAGUCCAGGAAGGGAUCUGCCGCCGUUUGAAGAUGAAACAGAUGCAGUCCUUGGCAAUGAUGAGGAAGGAGAGGAAGAAGAAGGAGAAGAAUUGUUUGGUGAUCGAAUGGAACAAGAUUACCGUCCAAUCCCAACGCUUGAUGUCUAUGACCCUGCGGCAUUGGAUGAUGAGGACUUUGAUGAGAUGACACCGGAGGCUCGACAGGAAGCUGAGCGCCUCAUGAGGAAGAGGGAUAGGGAUGAAGCAGCUGCUAGAGGCAGACUUCAUAGGGGACUUCUUUAGGUGCAAAAGAAGUGGUUCUUGCCAUGUUUCCAAACUAUGACCGUAUCACAAGUGACAUUCACGUGAGGAUAUCUGAUCUUCCUCUGAUGGAGGAACUUCGAUCUUUAAGGCAACUACAUGUGAACCAAUUAAUCCGAACCUGCGGCGUUGUCACCAGCAGCACUGGGAUCCUUCCACAGCUCAGUAUGGUGAAGUACGACUGUCAGAAGUGCUCCUUUAUCCUGGGGCCUUUCUACCAAUCAGCCAAUCAGGAAGUGAACCCUGGGUCAUGCCCCGAGUGUCAAUCACGCGGACCUUUUGAAAUAAACAUGGAUCAGACUAUUUAUCAUAACUUUCAAAAAAUCAAGAUUCAAGAAAGCCCCAGUAAAGUUGCAGCAGGAAGACUUCCAAGAUACAAAGAUGUCAUCCUUACGGGUGAUCUAGUGGACAGUUGCAAGCCAGGAGAUGAAAUUGAACUGACAGGAAUUUACAGAAUAAACUAUGACACAAGCCUGAAUCGCUCCAAUGGUUUUCCAGUAUUUGCGACAGUGAUUGAAGCCAAUUACAUCACCAAACAGGAUGACAAAUUAGCUGUGACAAGUCUGACUGAUGAUGACAUCAAGGCAAUCAUUGAAUUAUCAAAAGAGGAGAGGAUUGGUGAAAAGAUUAUCAACAGCAUCGCACCAUCCAUUUAUGGUCAUGAUGAUAUUAAGAGAGCGAUUGCCCUUUUGCUGUUUGGAGGUGUGGCCAAAGAUCCAGGUGGAAAGCACAAACUUCGAGGUGACAUCAACAUCCUUCUAUGUGGUGACCCAGGAACAGCUAAGUCUCAGUUUCUGAAAUAUGUAGAGAAGGCAGCUCAGAGAGCAGUAUUUACUACUGGUCAAGGUGCAUCUGCUGUUGGAUUGACGGCAUACGUGCAGAGGCACCCAGUCACUAAGGAAUGGACGCUUGAGGCUGGUGCACUGGUAUUGGCUGAUAAAGGCGUGUGCUUGAUUGAUGAGUUUGAUAAAAUGAAUGAUGCAGAUCGUACAAGUAUCCACGAGGCCAUGGAACAGCAGAGCAUCUCAAUUUCCAAAGCUGGCAUUGUGACUUCACUGCAGGCUCGUUGCAGUAUCUUAGCUGCUGCAAAUCCAAUUGGUGGACGGUAUGAUCCUUCCAUGACUUUUGCUGAAAAUGUCGAUCUGACUGAGCCAAUCCUUUCUCGUUUCGACAUUCUCUGUGUUGUCAAAGAUACAGUGGAUCCUGUCCAGGAUGAGAUGUUGGCUUGGUUUGUGGUGAACAGCCAUGUGAAGCACCAUCCAAAUGCUGUCAACAAUGAGGAAAAUGACGAAGAGGACAAGGAAGAGAUUUCUCCUCUCACUGGAAAGGAGACCAUUCCUCAAGAAAUGCUGAAAAAGUACAUCAUCUAUGCGCGUGAAAAAAUUAACCCUAAGCUGCAUAACAUGGACCAGGAUAAAAUCGCCAAAAUGUUCGCUGAAUUAAGAAAGGAGUCAAUGGCCACUGGCUCUAUUCCGAUAACUGUGCGACAUAUCGAAUCCAUGAUCAGAAUGGCUGAAGGACACGCGAAGAUGCACCUCAGGGAAUACGUCACCGAAGAUGACGUCAACAUGGCCAUCAGAGUCAUGCUGGAGAGCUUUAUUGAUACACAGAAGUUCUCUGUUAUGAGAAACAUGAGAAAGGCAUUCUCUCAGUAUCUGGCUUAUCGCCGUGACAAUAACGAGCUACUCCUGUUUGUGUUGAACCAGUUGGCCAAAGAACAAGUUACGUUCUUCCGCAGUCGAAAUCGCAGUGUUCCUGAUGUGAUUGAAAUUCAAGAAGAUGAAUUCACAGACAGGGCACGGCAAAUAAACAUCACAAGUUUGGGAUCGUUCUAUGAGAGCCCAAUGUUCACAUCUAAUCGAUUCAUCCACGACAAGAAAAGAAAGCUCAUCAUUCAAACACUGUGAUCUGUUACUUCAGCUUCACGGAAGAGAUUGUGUAACCUCAGAUCAAAACUCUUCCGGUACCAGACCAGUCACACAAUCCUUUUGGAGUUGACUGGGUUUAUGUGAAAUAAUUGCAUCUUUUCUCAUUAAUGCUGUAAGGGUGGCCAUGAUUUGGCUUCAUCUCGGGUGGGUUAAGAAGGCUUCUAUACGAAGAGUUUACUAAUGAAGGAGGCAUUGGAUACUUAACAUUGUGGAAGGUGAAAAGUUUUAAUUAGCAAAAAAAAAAAAAAAAGUCCAGCCCUUGAUUAGUUAUUUAAAUUCUGCGUGUAUUUGUAGUCAGCGAGAGGCCCUUAUAGGCGGCGGGGCAUGCGCUGUUAAGUCCGCGAGAUUCAAACCUGCGUAAGUUCUGUGAGGGUUCUGAAGAACCCCAUCUUGUAAAUUAAUCACUUUCUUUUUGUACAGAUCUUUUGUAUCGGCAGUUUGAAAUACAUAUUUUCUUGAAACGUU